AUUAGUAAUUUAUAUUCUAUAGUGUUGAAGCAAAGCGUGUAGUUGAGAAGCCGACAAACUGACAAGAGAGGAGCGCGCAACUUGACUAUUUUUAGUGCUUGCGAGUCAUCAAAAGGAGCAAGACCUAUCUAUCAGAACGUGUACGAUCCUAACCAGUAUUUUGGAUAUAUCUAACUUAAAUUAGAUACCAUUGUGUCUUUAUGGAAUAACUUAGAUCAAUAGUAAAUAAUACUAUAACUACACCAUGUUAAGCGGUACCGGACAGUAUUUUCCACCGGAAUAUCUCCAUUCGAUUCCAACAUCAUCGCCUGAAAACCAAAAGAGUCCAUUGGAGUUAUUGGCUCAGACAUGCAGCAGUAUUGGCAAAGAAACAACUCCAACAAAGAUAUCGUUGCCAGCAUUGGAAAAAUCAAAUGAUAAACAACGUAAGUCACCCUCUUUGGAUGACAAGUCAGUCCACGGCGAUGAAAAGUUAAGGGAAUCCCCAAAAGAAAGCGGAAAACCUGGAUUCCGUUCGGUUCCUUAUACCGAGAUGCCACCAUUAGUCCCAAUACUCAACCACGACGAUAGUUCCAACAGUUCAACAGGAAGAAAAUCUAGUCCCCUAACAGUCAUAGAGCAUAAGGAAAAGGCACCCGUUUUAGAGAAGAAAUCGUCCCCGGUUAAACUACAGAGUCCCCCGAAAGAGAAUCCAUCAGAAGUACGCAAAACAUCUUCAACUUCACCAAAAAUUCACCACAAGCAAUCAGUACCUUCUCCAAUUGGCGCCCAACGUGUUCCCACUCCGGCUAGUGUAUCUGCAGCUCACAGUGCUUAUUUAAAUGGACUAAAACCAACUUCGAAUCCACUCUACAGUGGUUUUUCUGGUGCUCACCACUUACCAUAUUCAGCUGGAUUAUCUCUCAUGGGUCAUGGAAUAUCACCCGAAGCCGCCGCUGUUUACCAGUCUCAGCUUUUAGCCCAUUCGGGAUUACACAUCCCAGGAUUUUCAGCGGCAUCUGCAGCAGCUGCAGCUGCCCAACAUUCUGCUUUAAAAGCCAGUGCUGCUGCUGCUGCCUCAAUGAACCCUUAUGUGAGUUAUACUCGUGUUAGAACCCCAUCAGGUGCUACAACUCUUGUACCAGUGUGUAAAGAUCCCUAUUGUACAAAUUGCCAAUUAACUGUUCAAACAUCCCAUACUUCAGCAACUUGUAAAACACCGGGAUGUUCCCAAUGUGCUCAUGAAAAAGCUUUAUUAGGACUAGCUGCCAGUUCACCAGGCAUGGGACUUGCUGGAAGUCCUUUGUCGUUUUAUCCACAACUUUCAUCUUUACAAUCUAGUGCUACAGGACUUUCAUCUUUACAUUCCCCUUAUCACCAUCCCCAUAGUGCUUUAAGUGCCCAUCAAGGACUACCAUAUGUGUGUAACUGGGUUGCAGGACAUGAUUAUUGUGGUAAACGAUUUAAUUCAUCAGAAGAACUCAUGCAACAUUUAAGAAGUCAUACAUCGAGUAUAGAAUCCGGUUUACCAGCUGGUUAUGGACUUGGUUUACCUUCAGGUCUAUCAGCUGCUUCUGCAGGCUUGGCUCAUUUGGGAGGCUCCGCACCCAUUAGUCCCAACGCUAUACGUAGAGCUUAUCCAACUAGUCUGAGUCCUGGAGUAUUGGGAAACGGUAGAUUUCAUCCUUAUAAAUCGCCUUUAGGAAGUGUAGCUGCUCCGCCAUCAGCCCAACAAUUCCCUCCAUUGAGUGCUUACUACCCACCCUAUUCAUCUCUGUAUGGACCGAGAUUAGGAGCCGCUGUUCCCUGAAAAUAUUGGCGCCAUUAGUUGUCUAUUGUUAAAAUGUUUUAUUGUGAUAUGAACUAUUGUUACAAGAUAAAAGGAGAUUUUAAUUAUUAAUCACUUUUGUAAAGAUUGUUUUGUUAAAGUUACGACAAAUUGAGUAAUGGCGGUUGAUAAAAGAAUGAAAAUCACGGAUGGUAUUAAAUAGAUGAAAUGUAACCGAACCCCGUCAUUGUUUUUUGUCGAUUAAAUGCUGAACGUAAUUUAAUAUUUUAUGCAAUUAAUUAUUUGAUAAAUAAAUAAUAUUAAUGGAA